AUGAAUUUCCACGCGACACGAAGCAACGAAAUUUUCUCUCAGUCGCUUACUGAAACUUGGAGGUCAUCUCUCAAGCAGCAAAGUAACCAGGAAGGACAGACGACGUCCAAGUUUUCACUAUUGGAGUUCUUGCAGAACCAGAACAGGUCUGGCGGGCUGGAGGAACACCCCGAUACAGUCGGGCCUUCGGACGGAGAUACGGCCAAUCCAGAUAUUCGAGUGGAUGAGGGCCUCCGCUUGGAUGCCGACAUACCUCCGGUUGAACAAAGCGAACAGCUGAGCAACGAUUUCUGGUCGACAUCUCUCAACAUGGAUUUCGAUAGCUAUGAUACACGUGUGGAUCCUUUCUGUCGGAUCUUCGAUGACUGGGCCUUAGUUGGGCCAUAG